GUACCACCUGAAAGAGAGCCCAGAGGGACUGCCACCGAGUGUCAUUUCCCACCCGCAAACACAGGCGUCCUUCGCCGGGAAGAGGCGGUGGGUGCCCCGCCAGGUGUGACGGGGCUCGCCGGGCAGCGGGGACCGGGCUCACCCAGCGUGAGGGCGCCGGGGGAUGCUCCCCGCCCCACGGGCGCCUUCCCGAGCGAGGGGCCGCGCCGCCCUGCCAGAGCCCCUCAGGGCCGCGACUGCUCCCGCGGCGGCGGCGCGGGGAAGGCUCUCAGCCGGCAGCGGAAAAAGGCGAAAGAAGGGAGCGGCACCUCCCGCCGCACUCACCCUCCUCGCGUGGCUCUGCCGCGGCUCCGCGGGGCGGGGAGAACCGGGGCCAGCGCCGGUUUCAGGCGUCAUCGGCCGGCGCCGCCGCCCCACGUGGGGGCCGCGAUGGCGCUGGGCCGGGCCGGGCCGGCGUUCGCCCUCCCGCUGCUGCUGCCGCGGCGGCCGGCGGGCAGCGGGACAGCGGCGGCGGCGGGGAGCCCGCAGCCCCCCGGGGCCGUGGUGCGCGUCCCCUGGGCCCUGCGGCAGCGCCUGCAGCGGGGCGCGCAGCGCCGGCGGCGCGAGCAGGGGCAGGCGGCGGCGCCGCGUUCCGGGAAGCUGCUGCUGCGGAGCCGGCGGCCGGAGCUGAGCCAGCCCCGCUGGCAGACGGUGGGGCGCUGGGAGCAGCCGCCGCUGGUGUCGGCGGGCUGGAAGCACCGGAAGGCGUACGGGGAUUACUUCCAGCUGGAACCCUCGCAGGCGGCGGCUCCCGCCUUGCAGGCGCCGCCGGCUGAGUCGGGACAAGGCCCGACCUUUGCCGAGCUGGGGCUGCAGCCCGCGCUGCUGGCCGGCCUGGAGCGGCUCUCCAUCGGCCGGCCCACGGCCGUGCAGCGCCUCGCCAUCCCCGCGCUGCGCCGCGGCCGCAGCGCGCUGUGCGCCGCCGAGACGGGCAGCGGGAAGACUCUGGCGUACCUGCUGCCGCUGCUGGAGCGCCUGCUCGGCCGCCCCGAGGCGGCGGUGGAGGCGGCGGGGCCGGCGGCGCCCCGCGGGCUGGUGGUGCUGCCGUCGCGGGAGCUGGCGGCGCAGGUGGGCGCGGUGGCGGCGGCGCUGUGCGCGCCCGCGGGGCUGGCGGUGCGCGGCCUGACGGGCGGCGGGGCCGCGGGCGGGCUGCGCAGGCAGCUGCGGGCGCCGCCGCCGGGCCCCGCCGUGCUGCUGGGCACCCCCGGCGCGCUGCGGGAGGCGCUGCGGCGGCGCUUCCUGGCCCUGGAGAGGCUGCGCUGGAUGGUGCUGGACGAGGCGGACUCGCUGAUGGACGAGUCCUUCACGGAGCUGCUGGAGGAGAUCCUGGCGUACGCGCCCCUGGCCGCCGGCGCUCCCGGGCCGGCCGGUCCCGACGAGGAGAGGACGCAGGUGGUGGUGGUCGGAGCCACCUUCCCCGCGGGGCUGAGCGAGACGCUGGCGAAGUUCACUGACGUGGGCCAGUUUGUCACCCUCAGCACCCAGAGCCUGCACCGCCUGCCGCCUCACGUCCAGCAGAAGUUUGUCCGCCUCAAAGGCCGGGACAAGCUGUCCGAACUGCUGCAGCUGCUCAAGGAGCGCCCAUCAUCUGGAGGGGCUGUUCUCAUCUUCUGCAACAGUGCCAGCACCGUCAACUGGCUGGGCUAUAUCCUGGACGACCACAAAAUCAAGCACCUGAGGCUGCAGGGGCAGAUGUCGGCAGCUGCUAGAGCUGGCAUCUUUGCCUCUUUCCAGAAGGGUGAUGUGUCUGUCCUUGUCUGCACUGACCUGGCCUCGCGCGGGCUGGACACCAGCGGUGUGCAGCUAGUGGUCAACUAUGACUUCCCAGACACCCUGCAAGACUACCUGCACCGUGCUGGGAGAGUUGGCCGGGUUGGGAGCAAGGCACCUGGAGCUGUGGUUAGUUUUGUCACCCAUCGGUGGGAUGUGGACCUGGUACGGAAAAUAGAGACUGCAGCCCGGAAAAGGACAGGUCUCCCAGGAAUGGACUCUAUUAAUAAACCUUCACCUAAAGGAAGUUGAUUCCGGCUGCCAGGCAUUCCCUGGUAGGGGCUUACCUUGAGGCCAUUAAGGCAGAGUGAAUGAGCUGCUGUGUGUAAAGCAGAUUGGAAGAAUAGAGUUGAGUUUCAGUACCAGGUGAUCAGGUUAACUUUGUGCACUGUUCUGGAAGCUGCAGUAUUCAUUUGCACAGCCAUCACAAAAUGUGGCUUUCCCAAAGGAAACUAGUAAGUGAGUAACAGAAUGCUUUUGGAGAAUAUUGCAAUUACUUCAUCAGUUGAUUCGGUUUACUUACUUUGAGACAUAAUUUAAAUUCAAAUCCAAAUGAAAGUAUGUUUGUAUGAUAUGCAGUUCUAUUGCAUUUCAUUACUGCCCACCACCAUCAGCAAAUAUUUGUUAUUAAAACUGAAAAAUUUCUGCUUUGGCAGGAGAAAAAAAACCAGUUAAAGACACAAAGGGCUAAAGGACAAAGGAUACUUGUGAUAUAACAGUUCAUUUAGAGAAUUCUAGACCGGAUACCUGUAAAGUAGAGUGGGAAUGAGAAGGCACAAUAAUGUUUGAGGCUCUUUCAAGGCCUUAGUUUGUUAUUUUAUUGUUACCUUUCACUGAGAAAUGGGAUCUUGCUCCUUCAUGUUACGUUAAAUAAAAAGCCCUAAAGUGUUUCCUGUA